AUGCCAGUGGAAGUUAUUGUCGCAGGUUUACCUCGAUCUGGUACAUUAUCAAUGUGUGAGGCUCUUACUCGAUUAGGCUAUCACAAGACUAUGCAUAUGGCGAAAUUAAUUGUAAAUCCCACUCAAAUGGCUGUUUGGACAGAAAUCUAUGGAAAACAUUUGGAAAAAACAUGGACUAACCAUGAUUGGCGGCAGAUGUUCAAUCAACAAUUUCCAGAAUAUGUCGCAGUAACUGAUGCACCAUUUUGUGAUUUUGCAGUUGAAAUUGCUCAAGCCUAUCCUGAAGCCAAAGUUCGACAUGUUCCUUAG